AUGGUUGCCGCGGAAAAGAAGUUUGUGCUCACUCACAUUUUCAAGAAUGUAUCCAAAAUGGAGGAGAACAAAAAUUAUUUCAGUCCUGUAGAGAAUCUUUUCAAUGUGCCGUGGUGUAUGUAUAUUAAACGCAAGGAGGAUCAUUUUGGGGUAUUUCUGCACUGCGACAAAUUGACAGAAGACACAGCGUGGUCCAUUGAUACAGACUGCACCUUUAAAGUGAGGACAUUGAGUGGUGCAUCGCAAGUUUCCUCAGGGAUUAUUAAGCAUAAAUUUGAAAAAAACGAGGGCUGGGGAUAUUUUAAGUUUAUCAGUUGGGACACACUGACAAAUGACUACCUAAUUGAUGACUGUAUCAUUGUUGAAAUAACUGUUAAAAUCACAAAAAUGACUGGAAUCCCGAAGAAAGUGCUCAGAAGCUUCGAUAAAUCAGCUGAAGAGUUUUCCGAUGUGGUUCUUGAUAUUGGAGGCAAGAAGUUUUAUGUUCUCAAAAAGUUUCUCGCCUCUCACUCUACAUACUUCAAUGCUCUUCUUCUCGGGAAAUCUGAGCAAGGAUCGGAACUCACACUCCAAGACACCAGUUCAGUCGAUUUCUAGAACCUUCUUGAGGUUCUAUACGGAGAACCUGCAAUUGAUGAGGACACCAUUGAUGGAAUUCUUACCUUGGCUCACAAGUUCACCAUGUCGCUUCCGAUUCAAAAAUGCGAAGAGUUUUUGAUCGAGAAAUCUGAGAAAUCAGUUAAGGAGAAACUCAAACUGGUUAAGCAAUAUCAGCUGAAGAGCUUAAAGAUGCAUUGCCUCUCAAAAAUUAAUACAAUCAACGAAAUCAGAGCAGUGGCACCAUUUGAUCAUAAUGACAUGGAUCCAGAAGUAAUUGCAGCUCUUCUUAACAAAUCACUGGCCAAUAUUAACUUCUAUUUAGCCUGUUUUUUGGGUUUCGCGUUCAUUUUUUUGCUAAUUCUCUCUGUCGGCUUUAUUAUCAAGUAUUGA